GAAUACAUGGAACAGCAGAGGCUGAAUAAACAAAUCGAUAGACAGCUUCAACGUGACAAACGAAAUCAACGCAAAGAGGUCAAACUCCUACUACUUGUUGCCUCGAUGUCUUGCUGUCGGAGUGAAGAAUACAAAGAGCAGAAUCGAAUUAAUAAAGAAAUAGAAAAGCAGUUGAAACGCGAUAAAAAGGAUGCUCGAAGGGAACUUAAAUUACUUUUGCUUGGCACUGGCGAGUCAGGUAAGAGUACAUUUAUCAAGCAGAUGCGUAUCAUUCAUGGUUCGGGCUAUUCGGACGAGGAGAGACGCAGUCUUAUCAAAUUGGUCUACCAAAACAUCUAUCUGGCCAUGUACACACUCAUUCGAGCCAUGGAGACACUCAAGAUUCCCUACGAGAACCCUGUCAAUCGGGAACACGCUGAGCAGGCUCGGGAGAUAGACUACGAGACAGUGACCACUUUGGACCCAGCACACGUUGUGGCUAUCAAAUCGCUCUGGAGUGAUCCUGGCAUCAAAGAGUGUUACGAUCGUCGUCGGGAAUACCAGCUUGCAGAUUCUGCCAAAUAUUACUUGGACAAUAUUGAUCGUAUUGCGGCCAGUGAUUAUCUUCCCACUCUGCAAGACAUCCUUCGCCUGCGUGUUCCCACUACAGGUAUUAUUGAGUACCCUUUCGAUUUGGAUUCAAUAAUCUUCCGAAUGGUGGACGUGGGAGGUCAGAGAUCAGAGCGUCGCAAGUGGAUCCACUGUUUCGAAAGUGUCACUUCCAUCAUGUUCCUCGUCGCUCUCUCAGAAUACGACCAAGUUCUUGUGGAAUCAGACAAUGAGAACCGAAUGGAGGAAAGUAAAGCCUUGUUCAGGACAAUCAUAACGUAUCCAUGGUUCCAAGAAUCUUCAGUCAUCCUCUUCCUGAACAAGAAGGAUCUACUUGAAGAAAAGAUUCUCUACUCUCAUCUUGUCGACUACUUCCCCGAAUAUGACGGACCUCAACGAGACGCAAAAGCAGCGCGUGAGUUCAUUUUGAAAAUGUUUGUGGAAUUAAAUCCAGACCCCGAGAAAGUAAUCUACUCGCACAUCACCUGUGCCACCGACACGGAAAACAUCCGUUUUGUUUUCGCCGCUGUAAAGGACACCAUUCUGCAGCUGAACUUGAAGGAAUACAACCUCGUCUAG